AGUAUAAUACCAAGAAGAAUGAAGAGCUUCCCUCCACAUCCAUAUCCGAACCAAAUUCCCUCCUUCUCCACCCUUUUGUAGUCUUCUCUUUCUCUCUUUCUUCCCGCUUUUUCCAAUCAUUCUUCACUUCUCCCGUCAACCAGAUCUCUCUCACACAAUCCCUCCUUCUUCCCGCCCAAUUCAAUUGCUCUUCGCAGAUUCGAUCACUCUGUAAAACCCCCAAAUAGACCUCCAAAAAAGGGCUUAAUCGAUCGCUCUUCUCAAUUCUACUCCAAUUGCAUCUAGAAUCAGUUGCGGUUGGUUUUGAUUUGCUUCGAAUUAGUCAACGAUCGCGCCAGAUCAUGCAACACCAGCAAAAUCAUAAUCAUUCUUUCUUAAAACGUCAGCUUCCUUUUACAUCAAUGAAGCCGCCGCCCUUCGGUGACUAUCAUCGAUUCUCUUCAACUACUGCCGCGCAUCACGAAUCGGAAGGCAUAGUUGUCAAAACUCCUCCAUUAAAGAGGAAGGGGGAUGCAACUAAUGAGCAGAGCCAGAGCCCCACUCCUGGAAACACUUUAGCUACUACCACUUCUCUACAAACCCCUGUUUCUGGGAAAGCAUCAAAACCACAAAAAAUUCCUAGAAUUGGAAAAUGCAAUAGGGCAGGAUCCAAUGCUGAUUCUCCAUCAGGAAAUAAUCUUACCCCCGUUGGCCCCUGUCGAUAUGAUAGCUCUUUAGGUCUUUUAACUAAGAAGUUCAUCAACCUUAUCAAGCAUGCAGAAGAUGGUAUUCUUGAUCUAAAUAAAGCAGCAGAAACACUAGAGGUACAAAAGAGGCGCAUCUAUGAUAUAACAAAUGUGCUAGAAGGAAUUGGUCUCAUAGAGAAAAAGCUAAAGAACAGGAUUCAAUGGAAGGGACUUGAUGCAUCGAAAGGGGAGGUUGAUGAGAGUAUUGCUAGUUUACAGGAAGAAGUUGAAAAUCUUUCAGUAGAGGAGCUUAGAUUAGAUGAGGAAACAAGAGAAAUGCAAGAGAGGUUAAGGGAUCUGAGUGAAGAUGAAAAUAAUCAAAAGUGGCUUUUCGUCACUGAAGACGACAUUAAGAGCCUGCCAUGCUUCCAGGAAGAAACCUUGAUUGCAAUCAAAGCCCCGCAUGGGACUACUCUAGAAGUUCCAGAUCCUGAUGAGGGUGUUGACCAUCUUCAAAGGAGAUAUAGAAUAGUUCUGAGGAGUACAAUGGGGCCUAUAGAUGUUUACCUUGUCAGCCAAUUUGAGGAGAAGGUUGAGGAAAUGAAUGGUGGCAUCCCACCUUCAAGUUUGGGGAUGGUUGAGAAUCCGACUAAAGAAACAACAAUGGAUGAGAGGCAAGGAACCGAUGCUGGUGCUCACACAUCAGAGGACUUUGUUAGUGCCGGGAUUAUGAAGAUAGUUCCAGAUAUUGAUAGCGACGCAGACUACUGGCUUUUAUCAGAAGCCGAUGUCAGCAUCACAGACAUAUGGACGACUGAAUCGAGUGUUGAAUGGAAUGAUUUGGACAUGCUUCAUAAUGACUACACCAUGCCCAUGCCAUUGCCAGGUGUCACUGUCACCACCCCACCAACUUCAGAUGCAAACCCUCCUACUCCUACUCCUACUCCUACAGGGACAGAUUGUCUGGGUUGAACAACACAAAAAGGUAACAACACUCGUCAAGCUGCCUUCAAUCACCUCCACUGGAGGGAGGGAGGGAGGGAGGGAACAGAUAUCUCCAAAAUAUACGACACUUACACAACAUGAUGUUGAGAUUUGAGAUCCGAGAAACAAAACAAAAUGUAUUCAUAACAAUAGGUGCGGUGCUGUCUGUAAAUAGGUACAAUGUCACUAAAUAGUAACCAACUUUCAUAUUUGCUCCA